CUCUGAUUUUUCCUGUCUAGAUUUUUCUUCCCCUUCCAGAAAGGGUUUAGUAGCUUAAACCCCAAGGCCAUGGCUCUCAGAUCGGCGGCGGCGGCGGCACCUCGGAGUUUGAGGCGGCUCAUUACAGGUACUUCAGCUCGUACUCUACCGAUAUUCUUGCAGGCUAUUCAUGAUUGCGAGAAACCGACGCCGCCCAACACGAAUGCCUUUGUUUCUGGCCGGCUGUUCUCCAGUGCUUCAACUUCCAGUUUUAUUCCUCCGCCGCUUCCUCCGUCGGCUCAGCAGCGUGAGCAGCCUGAGCCUAGUACUAACCUUUUCGUUUCCGGCCUCAGUAAACGCACUACUACUGAAAAACUUAAUGAAGCCUUUGCAAAGUUUGGGGAAGUUGUUCAUGCAAGAGUCGUGACUGAUCGAGUGACUGGAUAUUCUAAGGGAUUCGGUUUUGUUAAAUAUGCCACUUUGGAGGAUGCGGCUAAAGGCAUAGAGGGCAUGGAUGGCAAGUUCCUGGAUGGUUGGGUUAUUUUCGCCGAGUACGCAAGGCCGAGACCGCCUCCCGAGCACAAUGCAGUCCCUCCAUAUGGCCGGCAAUGACUCUCGUAAACUUCUGCAAUGGAGGGUGCUUGCCCAUCCAUUAAACUAUUUUGGUCUGCAAAACGGCACCCAACAUUAUUUACAUGAUUCAAGUUCUUUCUUCAAUGGAGGUUGGUUCUUCUCUUCCAUUGCUGUGAGUGAACCUUUUUGUUAUACGUACCAUGUAUGACCUAUUUUUGAACACAUUCAGUCAUAGCUAUUAUAAAUGUAUGUUCGCAAAUAUACUUUUUUGCACUUUAUUCUUGUUGAUGAUAAGUAGCCAUUGUUUGAUGUUGUCUUGAA